AUGGCGGACGCAGACGAAGAUGCCAUCCGUGGCACUGCAGUUCAGGCGACCCAGAUCGAGACCGAUCUCUCUGACGAAACACAGGACUUCCGCCUGUUGAAUCACCUCAAUUUUCUCACCGAUACAUCCUCCUCCAGUCUCCCCCGCCGUGGUGAAAAAGACUUCGAGCCCAAUCCAACUGAAUUCCAGGCCGAUGUGCUCUCCUCCUCCCGCCAGGCGAUGCACAAUGCGCUCGCAUAUCCUCGCCUUCACAACCCCAAGAACCAAGUCAUAGCCUUCUAUGCCCCCGAUGGACCUGCACCCCCGCCCAAUGUGGAACAGGACACCGGCAAGACGACCGGUAGGGGCGCGAGUGUUUCGCCGGAUGCAUGCGUCUAUGUACCGAAUCCCAAGGGCCAGUAUUUCAAGACUAUGGGGCAAGCGGAUCGAUGGGGGAGGAUCUGGUUGCUGCCUGAGGAGGCAUUGUAUCUGCUAGAGCGGGGGAGUCUGGAUAUUCGCUGGCCCGCUGAGGUUACCGGUGGUGGUGGUGAGGAGGGAGCUGAUCACGAACUAUCUAUCCCGAUGAGUUUGCAAGCAGCUUACGCGCGCCUCAUGGGACGAGGUGGCUUGACGCUCGAACGGUUCUCCGUGUUCACUGGCUUGCGGAGGAUCGGUUACUCCAUUUAUCGAGCGCCUGGCUGGGAUGACCUGGCCGAGGUGGCCGCCCCAGCGGAUGAAAACCGCAAGGAUGCCUAUACGCAGCCGCUCCGGCGUGGCCCAGGUCUUGCUGGUAUCCUUGGAAGUCUCUUCGACUGGAUUCACGAUCCGACCUCCACAUCGUCCACGGCGGCUGGUCCCGUCGUCGGAUGUGGCAUCCACCGCAACUACGCCGAUGUAUACCGAAAACUGGCCUUAAUCCCCUGGUACGACCCAACCCUCGCGACAGAACGCGACGCCCUUGACACGCCAGCGCCCUUCCGCGUCAUCUUCCACGUCUACAAGCCCUCAACCUCCAUUAAAAAGUCCGCCCGUCCACCCCCAGACUUCCGCAUCGCGGUCAUCAACACGCGCGAGCAAACUACUGCCCCGACCCUACCACAACUUGGCGCCCUUCUCGAAAGCACACCGCUCGAUCCACCACACGGCGAGAAAAUGGAGCGGCAGAUGUACAUGCGCCUGCGGCAUGGCUACCGCAACGUCAUUUUGGCGGUUGUGGACCAGGGUGUCACCAGCUUUUUGCGAGUUGCGGAUGCUGCCUUUGGGAAAGAGAAGUUGUAUGAAAGCAAGAACGGGCCGUCGGGGCCGAAAAAUAGUGGCAACUACCGCAAAAAGAAACGGUGA